UGACAUGUGUUUCGCAUCCGGUUAUGCGUUGUGUAAUGUCGCUACAUUCACGGUACAAGGAAAACAGUGUCAUCAGGUUUCUGGUUUGCUAAACUUACCUCACAUCAGAUUUGGUAGAGCGCUUUGUUGUCUUAUUUGGCCUCAUCAUGGCUGUUACGGCUGUUUAUCUGGGAUCGGACGCCUUUCUUGUUUGUAUGAAUCAUGCCCUGAGUACCGAGAAAGAGGAGGUUAUGGGGUUGUGCAUCGGGGAGGUUGAUGUCAACCGCAUAGUUCAUGUUCACUCUGUGAUUAUUCUGCGGCGGUCGGAUAAAAGGAAAGACCGAGUCGAAAUAUCACCUGAACAACUCUCUGCAGCCUCGACCGAGGCAGAAAGACUAGCUGAGACGACAGGGCGGCCUGUCAGAGUGGUUGGAUGGUAUCAUUCUCAUCCUCACAUCACCGUUUGGCCAUCACAUGUUGAUGUGAGGACCCAAGCCAUGUACCAGAUGAUGGAUCAAGGCUUUGUAGGACUCAUAUUCUCCUGCUUCAUCGAAGAUAAAAACACUAAGACGGGAAGAGUUCUCUACACCUGUUUCCAGUCUGUACAAGCACAGAAAGGCUCAGAGUACGAGAGGAUCGAGAUCCCCAUCCAUGUGGUGCCCCAUGAGGCCAUUGGGAAAGUGUGCCUGGAGUCCGCAGUAGAAUUACCCAGAAUCCUUUGUCAGGAGGAACAGGACACCUACAGAAGGAUCCACAGCUUGACGCAUCUAGACCCAGUCACAAAAAUACACAAUGGGUCAGUAUUCACCAAGAAUCUGUGCAGUCAGAUGUCUGCGGUGAGUGGGCCCUUGCUCCAGUGGCUGGAAGACCGUCUGGAACAGAACAAGCAGAGCAUUCUAGAACUCCAGCAGGAGAAGGAGCGCCUUACCCAGGAACUCUCCUGCUCCUGAGACAAGAGACGAGCCUUACCACACCACACCAGACCACACCUAUGACAUGUGUGGAGUGGAAUAUUUAUUUAUCUUUUUGCUUAGUAAAAAAGCCACACUCACACGGCUUUGGGCGUUGAAGAAGGCUUAGACCGAAACGUCUGUCUGUCAUGCUAACCCACUAAAACUACAAGAAUUACACCAGAGAGUGCAGGUUUUUUAACUAAAUAUGAACUUGGCUGUUUGCUCGCACCCGAAGACCUUGGUUGCAUUCCAAUAUGCGACCUUGCGUCCUCCACUUGUGCUUGUGGCCUCACCCCGCCUCCUGGCCCCUCCUCCAUGGAGAAAACAAUAAAGUUUCCCAGCUGUCAGCCUAGCCACAACUACUUUUGGGGGACUGUUUUUUAUUCACCAUCCAGUUUGCAAAUGAGAA